AUUGUGUACAGACCAAUCUUGGUUUUCGCUGCUCGGCUACGCACACGGUGAACCCUAGCUUCGUUAAUCUGUACGCUUCGCUGUUUCUCUCUACUUGGUCGGUGUUCUAAUUUCAUGCGCUAAAAUUUUUUCUUCGUUCGUGCUUAUGCAUCGAGGAUAAGAUGUCUGUUUCCAGCCAGCCGCAGUUCCGCUACACCCAACCGCCUUCUAAGGUUCUUCACUUGAGGAACUUACCAUGGGAGUGUACUGAAGAGGAACUGAUCGAACUGGGGAAGCCAUUUGGGAGAGUUGUUAAUACCAAGUGUAAUGUUGGAGCCAACCGAAACCAAGCUUUUAUUGAAUUUGCAGAGCUUAAUCAAGCUAUUGCUAUGAUAUCCUACUAUGCGUCAUCGCCUGAGCCUGCUCAGGUACGGGGGAAAACCGUUUACCUUCAAUAUUCCAACAGGCAUGAAAUAGUGAACAACAAAACUACUGCAGACGUUCCUGGAAAUGUACUCUUGGUAACAAUAGAGGGGAAUGAUGCACGUCUUGUCAGUAUUGAUGUCCUUCACUUGGUUUUUUCUGCUUUUGGAUUUGUUCAAAAAAUAACCACUUUUGAGAAGACAGCUGGUUUCCAAGCUCUGGUGCAAUUUCCUGAUUCAGAGACUGCCUCUUCUGCGAAGGAUGCUCUUGAUGGAAGAAGCAUUCCAAGGUAUUUAAUUCAAGAGCUGGGGCCAUGCUCGCUUAGGAUCACAUAUUCUGCACAUACGGACUUGAGUGUUAAAUUCCAAAGUCAUCGUAGUAGGGAUUAUACCAACCCGCUCCUUCCUGUUGCUCCUUCAGCUAUGGAUGCUAGCGGCCAGGUCAGUUUUGGAGUUGAUGGGAAAAAGGUGGAGCCAGAGAGUAAUGUUCUUCUGGCUUCCAUUGAGAACAUGCAAUACGCUGUCACCUUAGAUGUUUUGCAUAUGGUUUUCUCUGCCUUUGGAUCUGUCCUGAAAAUUGCUAUGUUUGAUAAAAAUGGUGGUCUUCAAGCUUUGAUUCAGUAUCCUAAUGUGCAGACGGCUGUUGUUGCAAAAGAAGCUUUGGAAGGCCACUGCAUCUAUGAUGGAGGAUACUGCAAGCUUCAUAUAUCAUAUUCUCGACACACUGAUCUCAGCAUAAAGGCCAAUAAUGACAGAAGCAGAGACUAUACAAUCCCCACUACAGCAAGUUUGACCCCUCAACCUGUUGUGUUUGGGCAGCAACACUUUCCUGGGGGAAGUUCAGGAUUUGACACGUACGGUGGAGCACAGUAUGCCGCAGCUGCUAAUUCUCCUUCAGCUGCUUGGAAUUCAGCUGUCUCAGAAUUGCCUCAAUCCAUGCCGAUGCAGAUGCAGAUGCAUAAUUACCCUUAUGGGGCUACAACGAGCCAUGGUGCUGCAGCAUCUCCUGGGCAGAACGGGCCGUCGCACUCUUCCCCGGUGCGCCCAUUUCAUCAUCAAUAGCACAAGCAGCUGAAUGUGCAGCCAGCACAACUAUGCGUUGUUAGAAGGAUGUGAAUCAUUCUUUUGACUAGAUGGCGUACCGCUUUAUUUGCUAUUACGAUGCUCUUUAUCCACUUCCCUACUAUGUUUUCUUUAUCCGGAAAAAAAAAAAGAAAAAAAAGGUUCGAAGAUGCAGGAAUCUUGUAAUGAAUCCAGAGCUGAGCUGCCUGCCUUGUGAGACUGAAUAAAUAUGCUUAUGCCUGCCCUCCCCGUCUCUCUUGCCGAGGGAGGAUUCACUCUA